AUGGGAGGCGAGUGGGCUCUCAGCAGAGGCCAGCUUAGCCCGCGCGAGCUGCCUCUGAGCAGGGGGCGGGAGGGCAGUGCCGCCCUGUGGCUGCCGGGCUUCGCGUAUCGCGGCUCUCCGCACACGGGUCGCAGGGUCCUGUGUGCUUGUAUCACUUCCACCCCGCCCCCUUCGCGAGGCCGCGCCGCUGGGUGGCCUGAGUCCACGGGCAGAACCCCAUCGCCCGCCCCUCUCAGACCCGCCUCUGCCCGCCUACCUGGCCCUGCGCGGCUUGCGGCCCGGGGACCUCGAAGCACCCCAAGUCCGCGGGAGCGCACGAGGGCCCUGAUGCGGGACUUCCCGCUUGUGGAGGGCCACAACGAGAUGCCCCUGGUCCUGAGGCAGUUUUACCACAACGGGCUACAGGAUGUUGACCUGCACAAUUGCAGCCAUGGCCAGACCAGCUUGGACAGGCUGAACGACGGCCUCGGAGGUGCCCAGUUCUGGUCAGCCUACGUCCCAUGCCAGACCCACGAACGGGAUGCUGUGCGCCUCACCCUGGAGCAAAUUCACCUCAUCCGCCUUAUGUGUGCCUCCUAUUCUGGGCUGGAGCUUGUGACCUCAGUUAAAGCUCUCAACAAUAGCCGGAAGUGGGCUUUCAUUGGUGUGGAGGACGGCCACUCACUGGACAGUAGCCUCUCCAUCUUGCACACCUUCUAUGCGCUGGGUGUGCACUACGUGACACUCACCCACACCUGCAACACGCCCUGGACGCAGAGCUCAGCAAAGGGUAUCCACCCCUUCUACAGCAAUGUCAGUCGGCUGACAUGCUUUGGCUAGAAGGUGGUGGCAGAAAUGAACCGCCUGGGCAUGAUGGUGGACUUGUCCCAUGUCUUGGAUGCUGUGGCACAGCGAGCCCUAGAAGUGUCACAGGCACCUGUCAUCUUCUCCAACUCAGCUGCCCGGGGUAUGUGCAAGAACACUUGGAAUGUUCCUGAUGAUAUCCGGCAGCUUCUGAAGAAGAACGGUGGCAUCGUGAUGCUGUCCUUGUCUGUGCGGGUGCUGCAGUGCAACCCGUUAGCCAACGUGUCUACUGUGGCAGGUGAGCCUCACCCUGGGCUCUCUGAAAUCUCUGAUUUGGAGCUGAAGCUGGGUCCAAAUUUGGGGAGGACUUCAGAAGAGCCCCAGUGGUUUGACCCACUUGUUGGCAAUAGGUACAGGUCCCAAAAACCCAAUAAUGGACAGUACACAGCACCUUGGUGCCAUGUAGAACUGGAGCCACAGAAUCAAAACUGCGAUACUGAUGGGUAUCAGGGAGGCUGUCAGACACUGCUUUAUGUCAGAAACAGAAAGAAAAUAUCCACUAUCAGAACUGUUGUUUGA